AGGGCCUGGACGGGGAGCUGCUGGAGCACCUCAACUCGGCGCUGCCCCUCGGAGGGGUGCCGGGCCCCGACGUGGGCUCCACGCCUUCGCACCCGCACUCCCACAUGUCCCACAUCAACCACAUGGCCCACCACUCCCAGCCCAUGAACGUGUCCCACCCUCACGGCCUCGCUUCCCACGCCGUCAUCUCCGGCCCCGAGACGGAGACGGACCCACGGGAGCUCGAGUCCUUCGCCGAGCGCUUCAAGCAGAGGAGGAUCAAGCUGGGGGUCACCCAGGCCGACGUGGGCUCGGCGCUGGCCAACCUGAAGAUCCCCGGCGUGGGCUGCCUCAGCCAAAGCACCAUCUGCAGGUUCGAGUCGCUCACCCUGUCCCACAAUAACAUGGUGGCCCUCAAGCCCAUCCUGGAAGCGUGGCUGGAGGAGGCCGAGAGGGCGCAGAGGGAGAAAAUGACCAAACCCGAGAUCUACACGGGGGGGGACAAGAAGCGCAAGCGCACGUCCAUCGCCGCCCCCGAGAAGCGCUCGCUCGAGGCCUACUUCGCCGUCCAGCCCCGGCCCUCCUCCGAGAAGAUCGCCGCCAUCGCCGAGAAGUUAGACUUGAAGAAGAACGUGGUGCGGGUCUGGUUUUGCAAUCAGAGACAGAAGCAGAAAAGGAUGAAAUUUUCUGCCACCUACUGAGAAAAGGGGCUUGG